CACACACACACACACACACACACACACACACACACACACACACAUACGUGGUUGAUUCGCGCGACGAGUGAUGCCGAAGAUGUGUCGGUGGACGACGGUGCUCCUGUGGUGCCUCUUGAUCAUGUCAUCGUCGCGCUCGGAGUUGUUCAGCGCCGAGAAGUUCAAGCUGUUCGCGAGGAUCCUGAACUUCAACCUGGCGCGGCCCGCCAACGAGACGAGUAAUGAACUCUGGCACGGCCUCUUCAGAGAUUGCAGCAGGAGAGUGACGUUCUCCUGCAUACAGAAGAACGCGUACACCUACUUGGACAACGCGUUCAUCGAGCGGGACAACAUCACUGUGUUCGACGGCCUGACGCUUACGCGUAACAACGUCACGUACGACGUGACGUGUCCCGGAACGGAGGACCGUAACGAUGUUCACGAGAAUCUCGUGGAUGACGUCAGCGCGGACGAUUGCGACCAGAGGGCGGGGAAAGAGGACGCGCGACGGCAAGGCCGAAAGUUCGAGGACGAGCCGGAAUCGCCGCUCGAGGAGAUCGUGAACGCGCUGCGACGGAAGACGCUCAAGUUCCUAUCGACACGCAACUAUGAGAUCCAACUACCGCGCUUCUUCUUCGACGGCGCCACCGUGAAGAUCAGCCCACGCGAGAUCGACGAGAGCGGGGCUCUCCUCAGGGUGGACUUCGGCACCCGCGCGGUGGAGGAGCAGGGAAGGAUCUUCAAGAAAAUCAGAAAAUUCAUACAGAAUAAAUUAUUGACGAGCUUCUUGGCGCUCCUGCUUAUUAUCAAACUGAUCAAGGUGAAGUUCAUGUUCGUCAUCCCGUUCCUGUUCGGCAUCGGCACCGCGAAGAAGCUCUUCUUGAAGCUGCUGCUCUUCUUCAUUCCCGCGUUCGCGCACAUCUUCAAGCUCUGCUCCAGCUACUACUCGAACCACGGCACCAAGUUCCACCAUCAUCAUCAUCAGAUCGCGCAUCACCAUCAUCACGUGCCGGUGCCGGUUGCCGUCCCCACGUACUACGACCGUCACCCUCAUUCUCACCAUCACGACGACGACGACUUCGACGGCUACGACUACACCCACCCGCACAUCCAGUACCGGAAGGACAUGGAGGAGCUGAAGGAAUGGGGAAUCGAGCCGUACGACGAGCCGUACGAGGACUCUGGUCAACAUCUGAACCGCGCGCCCGCCGCCAGCUCCACGUACCAAAGUCUAUACGGGCUACCGCAGUACGCGCCGAACGUCAAGCCGAUCGCGUCGAGCUACCUGGACAAUUCGGUCUCGGCCAACGCGCACAAUCUGGCCUACUCCGGAUAUCUCAACGACGUCAACAAGUACAAUCGACGACCCGGCGCUCAGCAGCAGCCGGUGCUCUCGGUAAAUCCGGGCCUCGGCGCGAACCUGAAGACGAACUUGAAGAAUCCGUACACGGCCUUCGCGCCGAACACGCGCCCGGCGCAUCUCCAAGCGCAGCGAGUGUUGACGCCCGUCGCGGCGGCCAAGAGCGGAACCGUGUCGACCGCGCUGCAAGAAACCGACGACGAGUAUUACGGGCCGAUAAUCGCGCGACUCGAUGACAUCUUCGGGCAGCUGAGGUUCUACGAAGAGCCGUGCCGGGAGAGGCUCGUCUGCAGCAUGUACAAGAACCCGGCGGUCUACUCGCCGCACAGCAACCUCGUGUCCAACGAGCUUUCCAGGGACCCGCAGGAGUUGAAGCUCGGCGCGGUGGAAAGCGCGUCCAGCCGCAAGUUUCACCGGUACAUGAGCGCGGCCAGACACGGUCAGGACGGCGGAGACUGCCUGCGAACGUAUCCCUGCCACGUCAAUACCGAGUAGACGCGCGCCAAACGCAGAAUUUCCGUGGAAUAACCACGGGCAUACCUGCAAUUAGAACGCGACAGAUGUUGCCGGUCCCGCGACGCAAGUGCUGUUAGACGUACAUAUUUGCUCAAUAAGCCUGAGGUGGAGAUCACGGGCCGCGCACCGACGUCGCGGCGCCGCGUAAAAUCGCCGCGGGAAGGUCCGACGGGGUUACUGCCAUGCAUUAAUUUACAUUUCCGUUGUAACUUGCGAGUCGAUCUACCUACCGGGGGGUGGCUGUAUCUGCGAAUUCCCAAAUCGAGGGAGUUGGCGUCGUUAAGCGAUUAAAACUUAGUCGUUAGGAGCUGAUCAGUACGUCGAGUGCGAUAUUUGCUGCGCUUCGUGCCAGUUUGUCGUUUCCCUUUUCUUUCCCUUCCUUUUUUUCUUUCUUUUUUUUUUUUAAUUUAUGCACGAGUCAACAGGUCUGUUCUUUUCAGCUGAACUGUCUGAAAUGGUGCACACUGGUUAGAAUAAGUUGGAGUGAAACAAGUAUUUUUGUAUAUCUACUCUAAAUUAUUGCGUUAGUCUGCACCAGUUCAGGCAGUUCAACUAAAAAGAACAGACUUAAUUAGUGAAAUCGUUCGAUUUUGCGAUGACGUGUCAAAGUUCCUGCAGUCUGUUGGCACGUUGUCAGCUAGAUCAUUGCCUUCAAAAAUGGACACGAUCGCGCAAUGAGAUCGGUCAUAGGAUUGAGGGGCAUUUUACGGGUUGGAUAUCAUUUUCGCGUUAUAAUUUGCCGCGAUUUCGCGCGCAGGACAUUGCGGAAAUGAUAAGAGGAAUUUUUCUAAUUUAUUUAGUUUUCCGCGCGUAGGACUUUGCGGAAAUAGUAAGAAGAAUUUUAUUAAUUUAUUCAAUUAAUCUGAGCGGUGGAGAUAGAAAGAGAGUAGUGACGAAGUACGAUGCGUGUGAUGUAGAAACGAGUUCAGAAAAGUAGCGUCUCUGAUGAAUGUAGAUCAGCGCGUGCUUAUCUCACGGGAGUGCAAUUAAUCAGUUGCUGUCACGUAAUACACCGGGGUGCCAUACCCAAUAAUAAUUGCGUUUGAUUUAACAUUACGCUAAGCUCUCCUUAGUUUUAGCUGAGUAAGAAGUGUGUAAUGUAAAAAGUAUAAAUAAACGGUUUCAACUAGUUUCGUAAUGUGAUUGUGUUAUCUAUGUUAAUUUAUACGCAAUAAAAUGCUGAAACAUUCAA